UCUGUACAAGAUCAGAUUAUUUGCUCGUCAUGUCAAAUACUUCAUAUCAGUGUAUUUUUUGUUUUCAUCUGGAGUUUACAGCCGACACUGCAUGAGAGCUGUUUUGCUUCCAAACUACAAGAAUGAUGUCAGAGUGAUCGAUUUGGACGGACGCUUGCAUUAACGUGGGAAAAAAAAAUUAGCCUCUGGAUUUCAAUGCGAUGCUUUUAAUGGAAGGAUACUGUUACAGAAGAAAUAAUGGGCUGCGGUCAGCAGAUGAACAUCAUUAUGUUGUUGAAGCCAAGAAAAUUAAACAACAUACUUAAUAAGAGAAAAGAACAUCAAUAGACUGUUUUUUUUCAUACACCAUCAAACAGAUUCAAUUUUGUUUUCUUUCUUAUCGUCCACCUAAAAAUACUCACAUCAAGAGGACUAAUCAUGCAAGAAAAUGUGAGCUCCAGAAUGGACACCCCCACCAACAUCUCCCUGGUGGGGUCUGGGGACGCCGUGUCCGAGUCCCUGGAGUAUAAGACGGUGUCUGUUUUCCUCGUGCUGCUGGUGUGUGGCGUGGGCAUAGUGGGAAACAUCAUGGUCGUGCUGGUGGUUCUUACCACGCGGCACAUGCGUACACCCACCAACUGCUAUCUGGUGAGCUUGGCCGUGGCGGACCUCAUGGUCCUGGUGGCCGCAGGUCUUCCGAACAUCUCUGAGAGCCUGAUGGCCACCUGGGUGUACGGGCAGACUGGGUGCCUGGGCAUCACCUACUUUCAGUACCUUGGUAUUAAUGCAUCCUCCUGUUCGAUUACAGCCUUUACUGUGGAGAGAUACAUCGCUAUAUGUCACCCAAUGAGGGCUCAAACUGUCUGUACGGUAUCCCGAGCCAAACGCAUUAUUGCCGGGGUGUGGGCUUUCACCUGUGUCUACUGUAUGCUCUGGCUGUUCCUGGUGGACAUCCAGGUGAACCCUGAGGGUCGUGUUCAGUGUGGCUACCGCGUCUCUCGAGACCUCUACCUGCCUAUCUACCUGAUCGACUUCGCCAUCUUCUACGUGAUCCCGCUGCUUCUGGCCAUUGCUCUUUACGGUCUCAUCGCCCGAAUCCUUUACCUGAAUCCUCUGCCCCACCCACCAGACUCGGGUACCAUAACUGCCCCCACUCUGAGGAGGAGCUGCAAAGAACCAGCCGACGCCGGAAAAGUGGGUCGUCAGGGACGCCCAAAGAGCGCGCUUUCUUCCCGGAAACAGGUCACUAAGAUGCUCGCAGUGGUUGUUGUGCUCUUCGCCCUGCUGUGGAUGCCGUACAGGACCCUGGUUCUCAUUAACUCCUUCGUGAGCACGCCAUACCUGGACGCCUGGUUCCUGCUCUUCUGCAGAACCUGCAUUUAUGCCAACAGUGCGAUCAACCCUGUCGUUUACAACCUGAUGUCUCAGAAGUUUCGCUCGGCCUUCCGUGGCCUGUACCGCUGCCGUAGGGAAGACGUGCACCAGCGGACGCUCUCCAUGUUCCAGAGCGGAUACAGCCUUGGAAGGGACCCCCGACUUUGCAGCAACACCAAUGGCACACCUAAGAAAACCAGUUCAGUCACUCCUGAGCAGAAACCAAACAAAGGCAUGGAGAACAACAAGGAAAAUAUGGACAAGCUAAUCAGUGACGGCGUGAAAAAUGAGAUUGAGCCAAGCCUCAAGAAAAACGCAGUUGAAAACUGCAACAUAGAUGAAUUGAAAAACUCAGUUGACAAGGAGAUGCCUACAGUGGAGAACGUGGACAUGAGCAAGAUUAAUGAUAAUGGGAAAAUAAUGGAGGAAAGCGAUAAUACUGCUCAGGAUAUUAUCGCUGACAUGAGCAACACAGAGCAGACACAACUAGCCGAAGGUGAAUUCAAAUUUACUCUGGUGGAAGCUAAACAGAAUGACACAGAGUUAAAUCAUAGCAUUGUAUAGAUGCACUCCAUGACAUACUGUAUAUAUUUCAUUGAUCGCUAGAGCCUGGUUGUUUAUUUUAAAGCUAGAUCUUGGGAUUCAAAACUUGUAUUUACUAACAGGCGUCAUCCUCACUUUUCAGUGGAGGUGGCAAGACUGAAGCCACUCUCUCCUCAUAAUUUACAAGUGGAACCAUUUGGCUGUCAGCACCAGCAUCACAUUCCUCCUAGUGCUAGAGCUUCAGCUAAGGCUGACUGAUUUGUUUUGAAGGAACAUUUAACAUCUCAUUUUACAGCUGCUACUUAAAAAUGUAGACGAACAAUGACAUAUUAAUUGACAUGAAAAAUAAAAAUCACAUAUUAGUCUUUUUAAAGGGGACAUCGGAUGCCCAUUUUCCACAAGUUUUCAAGAUUCUUAAGGGUCUUCAUCAAAUGUCUGCA